GUAUCGAAAUUGAAGUAUGCGGUCGAUCUGAAUAAAUCGGAUAAUCGAAUGUUAUAAAUUAACAAACAAAAGCAAAUUCUACAAAUCGUUCAUAAUUUAACAAGAUUUAGUGAAAUUUGGUCAUUGGUAAGUUAGGUUAUCAGUUAAUAAUCGCCUCUAAAUACAUAAGAACAAAAGAAUAAGUCGUAAUUCUUAUUCUGGCAAUACGAUUUGCAAUAAGGAUGAUUGAUAUUUAUUAUUAAGUUAUAUAUGCUAAAAAAAGCUGAUACUACUUAAAAAUCUCUUAAUACCUAAAAAACAAGAGAAAGACAAGGUUAUUCAGUAACAUUUCUCAAGAUUGAUUUUAAAGCAAUUAUCACAAAAGGUGUGUUUUUUUCAAUGUAUCUUCUAUACCUGCGUUAUUUUUAAUACAUUCUAAGUGACAUUACAGAAGAAGCAUUCGCAAAUAUGCUAUAGUUGGUUUGUUGUUAAAUUAAAAUUGGAUAUAGUUUUGUUCAAGGAUUACUACAGCUUUUUUUAUGACAGACCAAUCUGAAUGAUUUAAACACAGAUCAAACUUUUGUGGCGUGCGGACUUUAAUUUUAGACUUUAGCUUUAGACAUAAUUUAAUAUCUAAGCAGUACUUGCUCAAUUUUUUCUUUCUAAAUAUAGAAUAUAAUAUAUUUGGCAUUGUAAACAUUUUCGUUUAAGAUACAUUGAAUAAUAUCGAUUAAGCAUUUAAUAUCGUUACCUUUUCGAUAUCGAUAAAUAGACACAUUGUAUAGCGUUGUUCGAUACGAUUUAAUCAGUAGUAUAGAAAAUCAGUCAUCGGUGAGUUAUAUACGUAUAUUACCAGUCUAUUCUAUUUUUUUUGCGGAAGUAGCAAUCGAAUGGAGAGAGCGGACAAAAUAUAAAAUGAUAUGUUUUCUCUCCUAUAAUUAACGAUUGGGAUUGGUUAUUAAUUUUAGGCCAAUAAUUGGUUUUUCAACAUUAGUUUACUACCAAUCUGACAGAAAAUGGCAGCCCCUCCACCACCUCCUCCUCCUGGACCUCCACCAACAUUUUCACAAGCAAAUACACAACCGCCAAGAAUGAAUAGAGGUGAACAGGAUCAACGGGGUGCUUUGAUGAGCUCUAUUAAUAACUUUAGAGGAGGACUCAAGAAAACUAAGACAAAUGAUCGUAGUGCACCUCUGGUUGACAGCAAUAAAGGAGGAGCUGGUCCAGCUCCGAUGAGGACUGGAGGACCUCCCUUUGGUGGAGGAGGUCCUAUGAAUCCAAUGAGUGAACUGCAAUCGAGAGUAAAGCAGCGACAACUUCGUUCGACAGGAAGCAAUGCAUCAUUGACUUCAGCUUCAAGACCAAUAGUUCCUCCAGCAGAGAGACCAAAAUUUGCUCAACAACCACAGCAGCCGAGAUUUGACAUGCCAUCUCGCAGUCGAGCACCACCGGCUCCAAAUCCAAUCAAUAGGACAGCAUCUAGUGGAUUUACAAAUGGUUUUGCGAAACAAGCUCCCGCUCCAAUCCCUGUUUCAGUUCCGACUCCCCCCUCUGUUCAGGCUCCAACACCUCCCUCUGUUCAGGCUCCUCCCCCUCCCCCUCCAUCUUCAAGCCAUAUGAGAGUUUCUCAGUCAGGCUCUCACGCUCCAGUUGGAGGAUCUCGGUACAACCGUGCUUCAAAUUCAGCUCCGCCACCUCCUCCGCCUCCUCCCUCAAAAUCAAGGAAUGCUUUUCCUCAGAGACCUGGGCCACCUCCUCCACCUCCACCCAGUAGGUCGGCACUUUCAAGAUCGAACACAAAUCCUCCAAGGGGUCCUCCUCCACCACCACCUCCUCUACCACAUAGAGAAACAGCACCCCCUCCUCCUUCAACAGAGCCUCCACCUCCUCCCCCUCCUUCGAAUCGCCCAAUGCCAUCUAGUGUACCACCGCCUCCGCCUCCGCGUCAAGACACCAGAGUUAUGUAUGAUACGUCUUUCGAGCGAAAUUAUAAUUUCCCUGCUCCGAACACUUUCUGUGAUCCACCACCGUUUAAGAGAGAAACUCGUCAUUAUCCGAAUGCCUAUGAUAUUUUACGGGAAAAGACAAUGGAGUUUGGGAUACCGAGACCUAACAUGACUGUAGAAUGUGAUAAAUAUGCCAUCGGUGAAGAGAUUUCAGACUUAGCAGUCAGCAAGUCACACAGUGUCUACGUUUUGAGCAAUUCGAGAAAUCAAUCAGUAUUAUUUGGACAAGGAAGCUAUGGAACGGUUAUGGUUCUCGCUAUUUGGAAGAAGACUAAGCUCCAAUUUCAAGCAUUUAAAUAUUUAAACCUGCCUAUUCCCCAUUUGCUAAUUCGAGAAAUCGAUAAUAAUGUCUUUUUACAACGUUCUAAAUAUGUACCGAAAUUUUUGGGUCUCUUAAGUAUAGAGGAUUUUCUAGUACCCGGAUUUAGCCAAGAAUUAGCUGCUUUUUAUUCUAAUUCUAUUCGUGUCGUAACUUUGGAUGACUUUGUGAGUUCAGAGAUCGAUUUUAACUGGAUAGACCUCUGUCUUAGCCUCUCUUUAGCUCUAUCAGAUUUACACAGAGUACGACGUUAUUUUCAUGGGGAUUUAAAACCGAAUAACGUUCUAGUGAGAUUGGAUGAAUCUAAAAAUAUAUCAAUUGUAUUGAUUGAUUUUGGUCAAGCAGGCCCAGUUGGAGAGAUGAGUUACCUCCUUUUCAGUGGAUCUUUUGAAGCAGGAUGGUAUGCUGCACCUGAAUUAGCAAAAGGCUAUUCGCUAUCUGAGAAAACAGAUAUAUUUUCACUGGGUUUUGUGUUUAGAGAAAUAGCAUCUUUAAAAUCUGUCAAGUUUUUAGAUCUUUUGGGUAGAGAUUGUAUGAAUGAUGAUCCUGAGUUACGUCCAACACUAAAUCAGAUUAUUGAUAAACUUACAAGCAAUAAAUGA